UUUUUCAAUCUUUUUGGCAAAGAAGUCUGAGAUAUGAUCAACAUGACAGAGUGCUGAUCACAGUACUCUUUGGAAUAAUGAUUCUGAUAUGCAUCUUCAAUAUCAUUUUCUUAUUGGCUGAGCUCAUUAGAAAUAAAGAUGGCCACAUGCGUGCUGUAUUGGACCUGGUGUCUGACAUUGGUCAUGAGGUUCUGCCUCCUUUACAACUAAUCUUCCUUUUUUAUGCCUUCGGUGCUUCUGGCGGAGCACUUUUUGUUGUUGGGGUUUUUCCACUGUUCUUAACUUUGACCAGAUAUAACUGGAAUGAAGCCUGUGUGGAAAAAUUCAAAUGUUUACGCUCGUUCAGGAGAGCAGCUUGGCUCUUUUUCAUGAUUGUGAUGAUUGCAAUAAAGGUCUAUUCAUAUUUUUUAGCCCUGGGAAAAGAAAAAGAUUGUGUUGGGUGGUACUGCGUAGCUGCCUUUCUUCAUGUACUCUGGGGAAUUGUUGUCCUGAAGCACUCAUUCGGUGACCUGGAGCUUCCUUUUAGACGCAUUGUGUAUCUCACUGGAUCAGUGGCUGUCCCUUUUGUCAACUCCACUGCACUGAUGACAGAACUGAUUUAUAAGAUGGCUAAUGGUGAGCGUGCCGUGGAGGAUCUGAGGAAGGUCGUCUUUUCCACUGAAUGCGUCUUUGUCUUUGUUGUGCUUCUCCUAAUCAUAUUUCAACCACUCAUCAAAAAGCACUUUCAGUGUUCAGCUGAGUCUAAUCCAGCAAGUGGACAGAAUGAGCAUUUGCAG